GUCCAUUGUUCAUCCGUGGAUGGAGGCUUUUGUGUUUGUGUUUGUGUUUGUGGUCCUUGUGCUGUUUGGUAGUGCUGGUGGUAAAGAGUGCACAAACACUCCUACCCAAUCACACACGUUCAGGUAUGAGCUGCUGGCAUCAAAGAAUGAGACGUGGAAGGCGGAGGUGAUGUCUCACUACCAUUACCAUUUGACACCAACCGAUGAAUCGACUUGGGCAGAUUUGCUACCGAGGAAGUUCUUGUCAGAAGAACACCAACAUGAUUGGGCGGUGAUGUAUAAGAAAAUUAAGAACAUGGGUGUGUUCAAGUCACCUGAAGGCUUUCUCAAAGAAGUGCCUUUGCAGGAUGUGAGGUUGCUUGUGGGUUCCAUCCAUUGGAGGGCACAGCAGACAAACUUGGAGUAUCUGUUGAUGUUGGAUGUGGACAGGUUGCUUUGGAGCUUCAGGAAGAACGCUGGUCUACCAACUCCUGGAACACCUUAUGGAGGGUGGGAAGGUGCAGAUGUUGAGCUAAGGGGUCAUUUUGUUGGGCAUUACUUGAGUGCUUCAGCUCUAAUGUGGGCCAGCACACAGAAUGGUAGCCUCAAGGAGAAAAUGUCAGCUCUUGUUGCUGGUUUGUCUGCCUGUCAGGAGAGAAUUGGAACAGGAUAUCUCUCUGCAUUUCCAUCUGAGUUUUUUGAUCGAUUUGAAGCUGUUCAAUCUGUGUGGGCUCCCUAUUACACCAUUCACAAGAUUUUGGCCGGCCUGUUGGAUCAACAUACUAUUGCUGGAAACCCUCAAGCUCUAAAAAUGGUGACAUGGAUGGUUGAUUACUUUUACAACCGAGUGAUGAAUGUAAUAACAAAGUACACUAUAAAUAGACACUAUCAGUCACUGAAUGAGGAAACUGGAGGAAUGAAUGAUGUCCUUUACAGAUUAUACAGCUUAACGGGAGAUUCAAAGCAUCUAUUGUUGGCUCACCUUUUCGACAAGCCAUGCUUUUUAGGGUUGCUUGCAGUGCAGGCUAACGACAUAGCUGAUUUUCAUGCUAAUACACAUAUCCCAAUUGUUGUUGGAUCUCAAUUACGGUAUGAAGUCACAGGCGAUCCACUUUAUAAGGAUGUUGGGACAUUUUUUAUGGACCUUAUAAACUCUUCUCACAGCUAUGCAACUGGAGGGACAUCAGUCAGUGAGUUCUGGAAUAAUCCAAGGAGAAUAGCAGACAACCUGAAAACAACAGAGAAUGAAGAAUCAUGCACAACUUAUAAUAUGUUGAAGGUUUCUCGCCACCUGUUUAGAUGGACCAAAGAAGUCUCUUAUUCAGAUUAUUAUGAGCGUGCCUUAACAAAUGGUGUACUCAGCAUUCAAAGAGGAACAGAUCCUGGUGUGAUGAUUUAUAUGCUUCCACUAGGUCUUGGGGUUUCCAAGGCUAAAACUGGACAUAGUUGGGGAACACCUUUUGACGCUUUCUGGUGCUGCUAUGGAACAGGAAUUGAAUCAUUCUCAAAGCUGGGAGAUUCUAUCUAUUUUGAAGAGGAAGGGAAAAAUCCUACUCUUUACAUCAUUCAGUACAUAUCAAGCUCAUUUAAUUGGAAAUCGGGGAAAAUUUUGCUCAAUCAGACAGUUGUUCCAGUUGCUUCAAGGGAUCCUUUCCUACGAGUGACAUUUACAUUUUCUCCUAAUGAGAAAAUUGGUACUUCUUCUACACUAAACUUUCGACUACCAUCUUGGACUCGUAAGGAUGGUGCCAAGGGGAUAUUAAAUGCUGAGACUUUAUCUCUGCCAACUCCAGGAAAUUUUUUGUCAGUCACACGACAGUGGAGUGCUGGUGACAAGCUGUCCCUUCAGUUGCCCCUUACCCUCAGAACGGAAACCAUAAAAGAUGACAGGCCUGAAUAUGCAUCUGUCCAAGCAAUUCUUUAUGGUCCGUAUCUUCUUGCUGGUCAUACCACCGGUGAUUGGGACAUUAAAGCUGAGGCUAACACAUCUGUUGAAGACUGGAUUACUCCAAUUCCUUCCAGUUACAAUAGUCAACUAGUUUCUUUUUCCCAAGACUUUGCAGAAUCAACUUUUGUUUUAACAAACUCAAACCACUCACUUACAAUGCAAAAACUACCUGAAUCUGGCACUGAUUUGGCUCUUCAGGCAACCUUUAGACUUAUCCCUAAAGAAUCUUCCUCAAAGUUUUCAACAUUGACAGAUGCUACUGGUAAAGAAGUGAUGUUAGAACCAUUUGAUCUUCCUGGAAUGAAUGUGAUUCACCAAGGAGCAGACCAACCUCUUGUUGGAGAUUCUUCCGAUGGAGGGCCAUCUUCUGUUUUUCUUGUGGUACCAGGAUUGGAUGGACGAAAUGGAACAAUAUCUUUAGAAUCCCAAAGCAAUAAGGGUUGUUACGUGUACACUGGGAUGAGCUCUGAUGCAGGAGUUAAGCUCAGUUGCAAGUCUGAAUCUGACACUACUUUUAACUUAGCAGCAAGCUUUGUUGCUGGGGAAGGAUUAACCCAAUACCAUCCUAUCAGCUUCGUCGCUAAAGGAAGAAACAGGAAUUUUCUUUUGGAGCCAUUAUUCACCUUCAGAGAUGAACAUUAUACUGUUUAUUUCAACAUUCAAGGUUGAUAUAAGUUAAAUAAACACUAUAUAAGUUCCAUCUGUAAAGGUUCAAAUAUAGAAAGAGUAAUGAUCAACAGAAUUAAUAAAUAGGAAGUUGGUUGCAGCAGUAUGACUCUUGACCUUUCUAUUUCUACUCCUUUAUAAAGAAUACGGGAAGAAGUGGUGAUUAUGCAUCACACUAAUUGUAGGUGUUUUCGUUAAUAAUAUCAAAAUAUGUAUUA